UGUGUUUUCACUGCCGAGGAGGCGUACCGGCUGCAUUUCAUUCUAGUCACGUCAUCCUUUAGACACAAUCUCCGUUGUCGCUUCUUCGGGCGUCGUGGUUACCAAAGUGCCGUAGAGAUAGACUGAGCUUGAUGGCGAGAAAAUAAGUGCUUCCUGCUUAUAUCUCGCCUACCAAUAACAUGGCCACCCUUAUAUUCAAGCUACAACUUAGACCGGCUCCGCACUUUUGUCGUAUCGUAAGUACGCGCUCACCAGAUCCCAUCUCGUAAUUCAUUGCUGCUGAGUCCUGUCACGUCGUUUUGUUUUAAAAAAAUACAGAAAAUAAAGAAAGCAAGAGAGAAUCCAAACGUCAAGGACACGCAUUUAACCGAGCUUCAGUCGCAACGCUUGUCACGUGCAAACCGGUUAGGUCAGCGGAGGAAAAUCCCGCACAACAAAAAAAAAAAGAUAUUCAACACGCGUCUCCCAGUCAGGUGAGUAAGCUUUCUAAAGCUCCUUGUUAGCGUAACUUCCUUGCAGUGUGACAGAGGCACACGUUUGUUGACGGAGCUGUAGAAAAACCAGUCGAGAGUGCCUGGAAGAAGGUUCCGGACGAUGUGGUGUUACUCCGCCCUGCUUCGUGAGUUUUUGAGGCUUCGCUUCCGCCUCAAGAACGAGAACAGCAAAACGUCGGUCCGACUUCCCAUGAAUGAACGGGCGUGCGCCCUCAACAAUGAUGCGCUGCACCGCUGCCCUUCGUGUGGCGACUUGGGACUACAUUCUCUCGCGUAGAGUGCGAGCUGUUCCUACCCUCCCGCCGUGCGUUACCUACGCUGUACGCAAAUAUCGGGACAAGUUGUGCGUGCUAUGUCCUUGUGGUAUUUCCUUACGGUGAGGCUCUACCACAAUGCUGUGAACAACGAAAGGCGUCUGUUUCGGGAAAGCGAAACCUCGGCGCCGUGCCACUGAAAGCUCAGUGGUGGUAUACAUUUCGCGGUGCCAUAACUUUGAGUAUAUAGCUCGGCAGUCUGCAUUCCGAGACGGUCGCCAUGCAUCCUGCUGUCGUAGCAGCUCUCAUAGCCUUGGUUUAUAGCGGACGCGCAACCUGCACCAACGUGACCUGCACCACUAACGGCGACUGCACCGACGGAAAGAUGUGCGUCACGCAUUACAACUACACCUCCGGAUCAAGUUGCAAGUCGCAGGGCCACUGCAUCUCUGUCACCGGCAAGACGUGUUCGUGUCUCGAAGGAUACACCUGCCGACAAAAGGACUGCCCUAAAUCACCUUACGAAUGUGUCAUCAUCGAAAACCACGAAACAAGAUGCGGCGGUAAAAACGCCCCCGCCUGCAAGGACGGCGAAGUCUGCGCCUACGUCUUCCAGGACGUCUACUGCUACGAGUGUCCUUGCUACUACACGCACGAUGUGACGUGUCUCAAGAUCACCAAGCAACAUGGCGCCUGCGGCCCGAACGCCAUCGCCGAAGUCAGCGGCCGCCGGAAGUACAGCUGCGAUGGCUGCAAGUCGGCCACCGCUGUGCUAACCCCGCCUACAAUCAGCCCCGGACCCUGAACACUCUCCUCCGCGCGUUACGAGAAGCGAAAGAAGCGUGCAUACAACUCUGGACUGCUCGUAGCCCCGACAUUUCCUACCGUACAAACCCAAAAUAAAUGGGCCUCUCUGAAAUCGACCGAAACCGUGUGCUGAGUGAUUCGGCCGACAGCCGGGUAGCCUGAUCGACUCAUCUUCUACUGAUCGUUCCAAAUAUUCCCUGAGAGACGUCGCUUUGCUAUGGA